ACAAAGGAGCGUUUUACUUGGGAGUUGGACAAUUACGGGGAUCUCAAGUGUUAUAAGGAUGCCGAAGAGCGUAUAUGUUCAACUAACACAGUGGUGUCUGUCGAGAAACGUCCAGGAACCAAUAUCCUUAUCAUAGGGUGUGGCCCGGGAGGCCGCAUCUUAACUUUCAUUGAUUUCGACACCGAGAAACAAGCAGACGAAUGGCAAGAGGCACUGUGUAAGUUUGUUGGUCAGGAGUACAAUCGCCCUCUUGGAUUUAGGAGAGUACGUACAGAAGUCAAAUCAACAAGAGAUAAAAAGAAACUUUGCAAAACGACUUCUGCACUUCCAGACAUACUGCAAAAAAAACCCGAAGCAGCCACAACUACACCGAUGUCGGUUGAGAGAACUAUGGCGGAACCGGUAACUUUACAACAAAAUAAAGAAAGCGACGAAUCGUGGUUGGUUCGCUCUGCGUCGUCGUCGUCGUCUUCGUCGAACUCGUCGGAUAUUUCUCAACCCGGCAGCCUGAAUUCAUCAAUUGAUAGCAGGUAUUCCCAGUCGAUGGAGAGUGAUACGUCAGAAAGAAGAUACGCCAUAGAGGAACUCAUGGGCACUGUCCUUGUAGACUACAAUGGGCAAGUUUGCGUGAAAUCAUCAAAGCCCGGGUCUGGAAUACAUGUCGGAGAUCGGAUCCUAGCCAUCGACGCUAAAAAUAAACUGGAUGCCAGAGCAAUGGCCGAAUAUAUCCGAGGAGCCGACUGCGAAAAGGUUUCCUUGCGUAUAUCUCACGGAGUAAGAUGUGCAAUCUCAACACAAGAACGGGGUUUCCAGAUGAAUUUGAGGGGCGGUGAUUUGGUCCAAUGCGAUGUACAUGAUGUUGUAAGGACUGUCUGUCACUUGGCUUGCACAACCAACGGAGGUCAAAGUUCAACUUUGUCUGUAACAGACCCUGCUAACUUUCCGGAAGAAACGGACGUCCGAAAAGUAGUGGUUGAAGACGAAGUCCAGGAAAUCCUUCAGGAAACCCCUACGGUGAUUCACCUCCAACCAGAAUGUCUCCGUCGAGCGUUGGAUCAACUCAAGGGGAUAUGCAUCGGCCAAGGACUUGGGUCAUCGGGCGAAGUGGUGACCGGCAGUGAUCAGUCGAGUCCAGGCAGUGGCAACAGAGGCGGGCCUAUCAUCACUCCGAAGACCCCCGUUGAUUCGCAGAUCAUUCCUGCUCGAAACAAAUCUUCAAGUUCGCCUGAUGUGGAAGGUCCCACUGCUGCUGCCCCAGAGGAUUCUUCUUCAAGUAGUAGUACCGACAGCACGAAAGUGAUAUUGCGUAAUCAUGGUAACAAAUCGAGAUCCCCAAAGAGACCUUUGGGGAAGGUCUUCACCGAUGUAGAGUGAUGAUAUCUCUGAAGAAAUAGAACAAAAAACAAUAAGUGCUCGCAAACAAUGCUUCCUGUUCAUCCAAGCGUCUAGGCUGAGAGAGUUACCGUGUUUAAAUGAAUCAAUAAAAUGAAAUGAAAUUGGAAAAUGAUAGUGGACUCUACCAGCGAUGUUACAAAGCAGCACAUUCAGUUAAGACGGAUUUUCUGAAAAACCAACCGUUUAGGCUGAGAGAAUUACCGUGUUUGAAUAAAUAAAUGAAAUGAAAUGAAAUGAAAUGAAAUAUCAUUUUGAUAUUUCUCACAACACAUUAAAAUAGAUAAUGGUUUACUGCAUUCAUCAUAAACAUUAAUGUCAUGCUUUAUUCGAUAAGGCUCUUAUAGUAAGUAAUUCUAUAUCCUUGCUUAAUUGAUCAAUUUGCAAUGCACUGUAUGCACCAAGCAUAAAUUCCUCACAAUCGGGAUACAAGGAGGGGUAGGCUACUCUCUAAAAUGUAUGCGUCACAUAAAAUUGAAAACCAAAGGACAAACAACCAAUUUUAAGCUUUAAAUGGCUUCUUAUUUACACGCUUUCAUGUAAUUAUACACUUGAACUAAUUUGUACAAUAACAUUAUUUUGAGUUCUUGAUGAUUUUACAUUGAGAAGUAAAUAAAUAUUUAGUCAUUAUGCAGGAUAAUUUGUUUAUCAACUGGGAGGGGUGUGUAAAACCCCCAACUCUCGACCUCAAUCUUGCUACAUGUAUUACAUUUAAGAAGGUAUCGGUGGGUG